UGCAGCUUGGAUGGAUAGAAAGUAAAAAGUAAAUUGAAAGACUUUAAAAAUUUAUUUUUAAGCGCAAUCAAAGCAAACAAAAAACUAAAAUCGAAACUAUUUUGAAAGCAUAUUUGAAAACUUCGACUUCCCGUAUAUAAUUUGCAGUUCCUUUAAGUAAAAUUGAAUUUUGUGAUUUAAUACGAAAAGACAAAAAUGUCAAGUACUGCAUCUAAUGAGGAUGCAAGGAAAUGGAAUAAUAUAAAAAAUUCUAGUGAUUUACCCCCUUGUGCGUCGCAAUCACAGCAGCACCCUGAAAUUUUUAGCAGCAAUUCUUCGAAUAAUACUAGUCGUUACAACUCUUCCAAUUUAGGGCAGAUUUCAGAAAAUUACUCUGUUUUACCUGUUGGACAGGAUUAUUUUUUGAAAGUAUAUCACAAUAGUGAAACUGAGCAGCCCUCUUUCAACAGUUACGAAUUGUUUUCUAGCAAUUCAAUAUUACCACCGCAUAAUGCUCGAAUGGAAACAGAAAAGCACGGACUUCAAAAUGGCACUACCAACAUGAUUAUAAAUCAAUUAGUUACAAAUUGGUCUCCAAAUUUCUCUGGAACUUAUUCACCUUUCGGAGAACAAAAUCCUUCUAUGGCUCAACACCAACAGCAACAAAAAACUGAAGAUCAACAGUUUUUAUUGAAUAAAAGUAAUCAGAUUAGUCAGAACUUGCAAAAUAUUGGAAAUUCUAAUUUAUAUUUUGAUGUAAAUGAUGUUAUGAUUAGUAAUGCUACAAACUUGAAUCCAAUGCAAAGUAAAAGCAUUAAUUUAAAGUCUUCCAAAACGAAUGGAAGUUUUGAAAAUCAGAAUAAUUUACCAGAAAUGAAAAAACGUAUUGUCGCUGAAGUAAAACCGAUGAGAAUGUCUUAUUCAGAUGUCUUAAGUAAAAAUGUUGAAAUUAACAAAUUAAAUUCGAAUAAUCAAGGUAAUAACUCCGGCUUAAAUGCAAAUGGAGAUUAUGGUCCAAGCCAGACAAGAAAUUUGUCAAAACUUGCUUAUGAUAAACUUAAAAGUUCAUGUCCUUAUUCUUCUGUCGAAAGGAAACAGAACACAUAUGAUGAAAAGGACAAAUUUGACAUAAAAAAUAAAAAAUCAGAAGCUAACGUCAAUUUUUCGCAAAAACUUGAAGAGGGGUCUUCAAUAAAUGGGCAAUCUAAAGAAAAAAAGAAACCCAAUCUCAACUCGGAUGAAAAGGAUGCAGGAAAAGGAAGUUUAAAUUCGAAAAAAACAAUUUCUGGCAAUGAGAAGAGCAAAUCUAAAAAUCAAACAGGAAUAAGAGAAAAUUUAAAAAAGCGCACUAAUCGAAAAAGCGAUAAUGUAGAUGAAGAUGAUGAAAGUCGAUCGAAAAAUAACUACAAAGAAUACUUUUAUAAUGUUACCAUAAAAACCAGUGAAGGCAAUGUUGAAAAGCCGCAAAAAUAUUUUCAGAAUUCAAGCACAAAAAAAAGUCGUGGUGGUCAAAAAAAUUCUAAUUCUUCCGUUAGCAACAGCAACGGUGUAACAUCAAACUCUUUUCGUUCGGAGAAGAAUACGUACUCCAAGCGAAAUCAGAAACAGAGAAGAGAUAUCAAAAAGGAAAUGAUAAUUAAGUUUAUUGAAAAGUGGUUUGAAUAUACAAUUAAAAUCCUAACUUGGCUUUUUUAUCUAGUUUACGAUGUUGUCGUUUUAAGUUUUGGUAUAGCAUACGAUCGUAUGAAAAUCGGUUACCAGAAUUCUUUAACAUACUUAAUCAACCUUAAAAAGGAUUUACGGCAAAAUUCUGGCAAACCAAGCGAGUGGAUAAAAGAUUUAUUAACAAAAUUUGAUAGUAAAUUUAGUAAAAAUUCGAAGUUAGCAUUUUGGAGAAAAUUUAAUAAAAAAAAAACGGAAGAAAGUCACACGGAAUUUUACAAGAAUGGGCGUCUUCCACAAACUGGAGAUGAAGCAAUGUACUCAUUACUUAAUUGUAAAGGAAAAGAUGCUUAUAGCAUUCUGGGGGUGGUACCGAGCAGUUCACAAGAACAAAUUCGUAAGCAUUACAAAAAAAUUGCCGUUUUAGUUCAUCCUGAUAAAAAUAAGCAGCCUGGAGCUGAAGAAGCUUUUAAAGUUUUACAGAGAGCUUUUGAACUUAUUGGGGAACCGGAGAACCGAAAAUCCUAUGACCAAAGUUUAGCGGAGGCUCUACACGCAGAAAAAGCUUGGUCCGAAUUGCAUGAUUUAUUAUCUCAAUUACAAUCAAAAAUUGCAGAAGCUGCUAAUACAAUUAGGUGUAGUAGCUGUGGUUUAAGACAUCCUAGGAAACUGACUGAUCGUCCUCAUUAUGCUGCCAGAGAAUGUAGUUCAUGUAAAAUACGUCAUUCGGCUCGUGAAGGAGAUAUAUGGGCUGAAACAAGUGUUUUUGGUUUACGUUGGAAAUAUUUAGCCUUAAUGGAUGGAAAAUGUUACGAUAUAACAGAAUGGGCCAACUGUCAAAAGGGAGCUCUUUCUCAUCUCAAACCAAAUUCUCAUGUAGUACAAUACAGAAUCGUUAGAGGUGGUCAACAGCAGCAACAACAACAGCAAAAUGUUAAUUUUGAAAGAGAAAAAAUGAAACGAGAACAACAAAGCGAACCAUCAUUAGAUGAUUUUUUGGAUAAUUUAUAUAGUGGACAAAACCCACAAAAUCAACAACAACAACAGCAACAAAGUUCUUCCCGCAGAAGAUCCAGAAGAAAUUAAAAAGCUCAUCAUUAAAAAUAUUUUGUUUUUCUUUUUUUAUAUAACUCUUUUUUAAUCUAUUGUAAUUUAAAAAUACUAAAAAAAAAAAUUACCAUACUUAUAAAUAUUGUAUUUUAAAAAUGAAAAAUAUUUGUAUUUAAAAUACCAUAAUUUAUCUAUCUAAUAUAUAUGAAAAUAUAUAUUUCCAACAAAAUUAGAAGCAAUCAUUCAAGAUUGAAGGAAAAUCAUAAUUCAUGUAAGCUUAUUUUGAAUGUAUUC